AUGGUGUCCUUUCCGCGCAUUCCCUUCCUUUCAUCACGCCCACGCACAACCAGCCACCCCACCUCCACCUCACCUCCCAAUCCCAGUCCUCGCUCAGCCACACCCAACCAGCCCCAGCCUGCCGUCAUUCCCCGCUAUGCUGCUCCAAACCCCGCCCCAACCGCCCCAAUCCCCAUACCCGUAUCCUACGCCCACAAGCGCCGCGUCUCUGCCCCCACCCGACCUCAGACCGCUCCUAUCCCCGCGUACACGGCCGCCUCACGCGCCCCUCGGCCCCUGGCUACCAAGCACGCCUCCGCCGCGCAUACUCACGCCACCGCACACGCCGAGCUCGAGCCAGACGACGCGUGGAAACAGCGUCUCCGCAGGGACAUCGAGGAGAGCCUGCGCUCCAUGGUCGCCGCCGCGAAGCAGCACGUCCAGGCCAAGCUCGACGCGCACCCCAGCGCGCGCAACGCCGAGCGGCGCGACGUCAUCGCAAACGAGCACCACGCCGCGAUGAAGACCAUCCGCACCCUCGCCGAGGAGCAGUACCGCAUCGCGCUCGCACGGGAGCGCGCCGAGCGCCAGUGGGCCGCGGGGCAGCCGAUCGACGAGGACUGGGCGGACGCGCUUGCGCAGGAGCAGCACGCGAUUAUGGCGAGGAUUGAGCGGGAGCGGAGCGUCUUCGGCUCCGGUUUGGGGCCGAGCUUGAACCACACGUCGUAUCAGUCCGCGGGCAGGGCAAGGGCACGGUCGUACUCGCGCGAACCGAGUCGGACGCGAACAGGGAGCAACGCCAGUCAGGCCGUGCCUGUAGCUGGAGGGUCGUAUGGGGCGCAUUUCCCCACCACGCGGACGAGGACGUCCAGUGCCGCGAGCCGCGUCGAUCCCUCAACUUCUGCUAGCUAUCGCACCUGGGCGUCAGCACGGCCGCGCACCGCAAGCACCUCAGCAGACAAGCCGACCGUUCACAGACCAUGGACGCCCAAUAUGCCCACCGAACGCUCCGCCUCUGCGCGACCAUGGACCCCAGGCAUCUCGGCGGGGUCCUACCGCCCAUGGACCCCGAACACCCCAGCGCCAGGCGAACAGGCACAGCACAACCGCUCUACACACUAUGGCCAACUAGGCUCACAGUCCUUCCAAGCUGCGUCUAGCGCAGGCAGCGCAGGCAGUGCCGUCAGCAAGAGCUCUCACGCCAGCUCCCGCCCCAGCAGCCGCGGUAAUCGCAGUGCCAGCGGAAGCAGCAGUAAUGACCACUCCCACUCCCAUUCCCACUCCCACUCCGGCGGCGCCCCAUCCUCGUCCCCGCCCUCGGCCUCAUCUUCCCACGCAAGCGCUUCCCCGCUCGAGCCCACUAACGAAUGGAAAACCCGCCUGCGCACGUCCAUCGAAGCCUCGCUUGCGCCCAUGAUUGCCACAGCGAAAGCGUCCUUCCAAGCGCAACUUGCAUCCACCCUCGCAGGCGCGUUCGCGGAGGAGAAGGAGGCGCUGGUGAGGGACCACAGGGCCGCGGUGCAUGCGAUUCGCGCGCUCGCGGAGGAGCAGUUCCGCGAGGCGCUGGAGCGCGAGCGCAGUGGGCGACGCGGCGCGGUGGGGGAUCCGAUCGACGAGAGCGCGCGGGAGGCGCAGAGGGCGGUGGGGGAGCGGAUUGCGCGGGAGCGCGGGAUGAGCGGGUUGGGGUACACGGGCGCGCCGCACGUGGCGGGCCCGAGCGGGCUCACGCACGAGGAGAAGGGGAGGGUGAGGCAGCGUUCGGCGAGCGCUGCACCCGCAGCAUCCUACGGGGCAUCUGGGUCCGGCGCACGAGCCGGGUCUUCCCCGUCUGCGUCUGCGACGACACCGGCGGCAGACCGCGUCCGCGCGGACGCCCACCGCCGCCCGCCGUCCCCGUCCCCGCUGCGCACGUCGAACCUGCACGCGCACGCGCGCUCUGCGUCAGUCGCGCCUGUGCGCAUGCCGACGGCCACGAGGCCGGCGGGCGCGUUCGAGAUCUGGAAGCCGAGCAUCACGCGCGAGGAGGACGCGUUGCAGUCGCGACCGUACUCUGUUGCGCGGCGGGCGGCGCGGGUCUAGGUUGCCCAUGUCAACGUGGUUGCUGGACAGAGACGUACGGAGUAUAGAGUUCGAGGUGGACGUUCCGCCUCGUUGGACGAUGUUGCGUGGGGUGGGGUCUCAUCCCACCUGCACCGAAAGCACUUUCUCGCCCUCCGUUUUUCACGAUUUUCGACCGUUUUGAUUUUCGCUUUCAUUUUGCUACGUUCGCUACCUGACGACGCCGACGGACGAUCACGAAGAAGAUACGAAACGACGAAUAACGAGAAGAAGAAGAAGAGCAUCAACAACAUUGUAGAAGAAAACAAGCGACAAUAUUGAAAAGAAGGAAUAUCAACACAUACUGUAGAAGAAAACCCAAACUAACACUGUAUCCGAGUUUCCUGGACUUACGUUUACGAUAGCUGACGCUGACGCUGAUGAACUCCGUUCCAUAUAUGCAUGUAUGUUACUUUACCCUGAACCGCACGUAGUACUAGUACCAGUAAUGUAAUACCAAAGAUCGCUUACUCGCGAUUUACCAUGAAUCAGGUCUCGAUGUUUUGGAUUGUCUUGAAUCUUGGUUCUCGGG